UGUAUUAUUUAGUUCCUUGAUUUCGCGCUAGAUGGCAAUCAACAGACCAUAACAGUUUACAACUGACGCAAAAACACGACCAGAGUAAAAAGUCGUCACUUGCAUUUACAAACAACUCAUACUUUGCCUUCUAAAUGUAGUUGGGUUACACGACAGGUGUUCUUUGAUUACAGUUACACCUCACCUCCCCGCCCCUCCUCAUUCCUCAAAGCUUGCACUUGAUUCUUGUAAAGUUCACGCUGAAUAAAACAAACUUUUAAACAAGUUUUAAGGACAAAAUAAAGAACUUUGACUGUGUAAAUACCUGUGCAAAUCCUUGAGACAGUCAUGAAGAGUGUGUAUUUGUAAUCUGUGAUAUAGUUAAGUGUUAUGUGAGUUAAAAUUAGUUCGAAACAAUAAACAUGUCGGACCAAUCUUCAGCUAGUAGCUCAAAAACAGCUCCUCUGGUAUCAAUAAAUGAAGUUAGUGGAUUAUUUGAGUCUGCCAAGAAAUAUGAAGAGCUCAACGUCAUUGGCACAGGUGCCUAUGGAACCGUCUACAAAGCCCGAGACCUGCUCAAAGGCGGGCAGAUAGUUGCCAUGAAAAAAGUAAAGGUGGCUCUGACCGAGGAUGGGAUCCCGCUGUCUACUCUGCGGGAGAUAGCAUUGCUGCAACAGCUUGGGGCUUAUAAACAUCCUAAUAUAGUCAGAUUGCUGGAUGUGUGUCACGGAGGCCACUCUAUGGAGCGUGAGCAGCUGGUGCUAUUCCUGGUCUUCGAACACGUGGAACAAGACCUGGAUUCUUACCUGAAGCGCGCCCCGGGACCGUUGUCAGAAAACAGGAUCCGGAGCAUGUCCUACGAUAUCCUCUCGGGCGUGGAUUUCCUCCACUCCCACCGAAUCGUCCACCGAGACUUGAAGCCUCACAACCUGCUGGUGACUUCUGAGGGCCGGGUCAAACUGGCUGACUUCGGGCUGGCCAAGACUUAUGAUACUGACAUGAAACUAACUAGUGUGGUGGUGACCCUCUGGUACAGACCACCCGAGGUCCUUCUCGGAGUAUCCUACAACACAGGAGUGGACGUGUGGUCAGCGGGCUGUGUCCUCGCCCAGUUACACUCCCGGGCGCCUCUCCUGCCGGGAGCCUCUGACUCUGACCAGCUGCACUGCAUCUUCAGAUUAAUCGGUCGACCUCCAAGAGAAGAAUGGCCUGAGAAUGUGUCUAUCGUAGCAGAUAGUUUCCCGGAGUACCCCCCGCAGGACUUAGCGGAUGUGCUGCCCCGGAUACACCCCCAUGCCCUGGAUCUCAUCCGGCGUAUGCUGGUAUUCGACCCGGCCAAGCGGCUCACGGCACUAGACUGUCUGGAGCACCCUUACUUCACCGACGAACCCCUCACGUAACGUAACAUCUACGAUACAACCGUUAACGUACACCCAAGAUUCAAUAACUACGUAAACAGGCCAUUUUUUUCAAAGUUGUCCACCCCACUAGUUUUUUGGAUUUGGAAAUUUUUAUGUGGAUUCCACUCAGAAUCGCGAGCUCUUUCAAUUCCAAUACGAGAAAAAAA